AUGAAGGCCUUAAUCAAAAGAGAACCGGCCGAUGUCUUUCCACACAAUGAAGGCCUUGAUCAGAAGAGAAUUUCAGACCUCAAGAUGCAACGAACUCAAAGCUCGAACAAAGGAGAAAUAGUGGACUACCAACGAACUCAAAGCUCGAACAAAGGAGAAACAGUGGACAGUGGAAACAAAGGAGAAACAGUAGUCUGUGGCACUCUCCGACAUAGCCAACUGGCCAAGAAUCGAAGCCGUUGCUGA